ACGCUCGAUAAACUUUUCACUUCGUCUUUGAUACUUUCAGUUAGGGCAGACUGUUGCACAGUUCUUAGUUCAGCUACCACGUUUUAUAAUUUAUUUUUAUUUUAUUUAAGAGGAUUUUGGAGAGAAGUUGAAGAGGCAUGACAAUGUUAACAACAUGCAUGGUUGGUUCCGAAACCUCUUGAAAUCAAGAAUAUCGUUGUCAUCCCAACAUGAAGAAAAAGCUAGCAAGACAAGUGUUUUGACACCAAUUACAUAUACACCAACAUCAUCGCCAUCAUCAUCGUCUGGACCCAAAAAUCCGCCGUCUGCUCUAAGCUCAAACCUGAGAUGGAGACGAAAAUAUGACUUGCUCGUGUGCCACAGUCUCGCUGACAGUGACAUUGAGGAGGCCAAGGGCCUGGUCUCUUUCCUGGAGGCUUCGCCCCGCAACCUCAGGUGCUUCCUCUGGCAAAGGGACGUUUGUCCAGGAAGUCCAAUUUUCACAGAAUUCUGUCAGGCUGUGCAGGAGAGCCACUUGCAGGCUCUGCUCAUCACUCCUGACUUCCUGCAGGAAGAGUGGUGCAUGUACAUGAUGCACCAGGCUUUGGCGGAGGGGCCCAUGUCCAAGCGACUGAUUCCUCUGAUACAGAACAUAUCCCAUGAUAAGUACCCUCAGGAAAUCAAGUUCUUCUUCUACAUUAACCUGAGCAGGAACAUUGACCAAGGAUAUGGUCUCAUCAACACCACGGUGCUCAAGUAUCUAGAAGACCUGGUUAAAAAUGAGAGGACACUCGACUCCAAUGUGGACAGCUCUCACAAUGGACUAAGCUGGGAGGGCAGCUCACAAGGAGACAAGCUGAUCUCAAACAACAAACCUGCUGAGACUUCACUCUGAAAGUGACGCAGGAAAGAAUUGACCGAUUUAAUGAUGUUGGCUGAAAUAAUGCCUCAACAGUAAUUUAAAGAACACGAUGAAGGACAAGAGGCUCAGAGUGGAAGAAAACACUGCUGCUGUAGGCUGAAUUCAACUUAUUAAUCACACCAUGUUAAGGAAAGUAUUCAGUGUCUAUAGUGUUUUUUUCUUUGUCUUUUGUGUAAAGAUGUAUAAUAUGUAACAAUUCUACAAGAAAAUAUCUAAAAGUCACUGGACCUGUGUUACAUAUUUUUUUGAUGUAAUGAUACAAAAUGUUUCCAACAAUCGUUAAACCCAGACAAAUCCCCAACUUAUCAGGACGUUUCCUUUGUAUUGCCUAAUAUCUGCUUUACCUGCAAUAACGUCUCUGCCAUAACCUUAAACCAUGUAUGAAAAAGGAAGGUACCUUAACUCCAUAAUUGGUCAGUCUUACAGUUUUUCUCCAAGGCUCUGGCUCAUUUCACGAAACAGAAAUGACAUUCUCAAAACAACACGCGCAAACCUCCAAACCACUAGGCACUUGUUCACAACAGAUUGGAAUAUCUCAUUCCUUUAAUCAAAUUGCAAUUGUAUUAGCACAUCCUUGCAAUGACAAGUACAAUUUCCAACAGCUUGCACAAAUUUCAAAUGAUUUAGCACACCUUUGCAAACAGUUAGGUACAAUUGCCUUCAGUUAGCCCAAUUACCAAUUGAAUAUAUAUUGCUGGUCAAAACUGACUGUCGCUUCUCAGUCAAGUGGUCGUUCGAACAUGUUGGCAUAAUUUCAUUGUGUACAUCAUCACCUGCACAAUAGUUCACUGCACUGUCAAAAUCGUACAGGCACAUAAUACCAUGAAAAACAUCAUGGUAUAUACUGUAAUAAGGAUAUCUUUGAUCAUCGGUUUAAUUUUCAGGUGCAACUAGAACUUUAGUAAUCAAGGUUGAGUUUCACACAUCUGAUCACCAAUCAUACAGUAAGUUUACAGUUUUUCUCAAUUGCUUUGGCUCAUUUCACGAAACAGAAAUGACAUUCUCAGAGCUCUAAGUGCAAUUGGCAAAAUAGCCCAUAUGGUUCAGCACAACUACAUAGAUCACCUUCAAAAGGUCAUAUCUCACUAUACCAAAUUUUAGUUUUGAUGUGCCUAUUGCUUGACAGUAUAUUGUGCUGCACACAUUUUCUGUUACUGUAACCAUGAUGUAUGGCAAUUACUGUAACAAUUUCCAUGGCAGAAUGAGUUCAAUAAACAUAUUUUAUGUGAAACCUUGAAUAAAUC